GACAUGGACACAGAGGCACGGGGACACGCGGAGCGCAGUGAUGUGGGGCCGUGCGGCGACCCUCCCAGAUGCGUGGGCCUGUCCCCGCCGCCGCUGCAGGUGCUGGCCCUGAUGGGGCGGCACGAGGAGGCGUCCGCGUCGCUGUUGAGCGCCCUGGAGCUGGAGCCCGCCAACGUGGUGAUCCACUCGGAGCUCUUCAAGCUGAGGAGGAGAAUGUCGCUGAGGGCUCGAGAUGGGAAGACGGCGACGGGGAAGAAGCCCAGGACACUGGUUCCCUGGCGGUGGCUGCUGGGGGCCUUGGCGCUGGCGCUGGGUGCAUCCGUCGUGACCUCCAUUGCCAGACUAUAGACGACUCGGAGUUGGGGUGUUAGGGGGGGUCGGGAGGAAGUGGCCCCCCACGGUUCUCUGGGUCCAGAGGGCACGAAGUGGGGGAGUAAGGCGAGGGUUAGUUGGUGUAGGUGUGUGUGUAGUGUUAGGGCUAGGGUUAGUGUUGG